AUGAAUUCAAACAAGUUCCAAAAUCUAACCCUUACGAGCCCCCAACUGGCUCUUGUCGCGAGUUUCCAGGCAAACAAUUUAUCAGAAUUCAACCGAGCAAUUCGAAAUGGGGCAAAUGUUAACCUUCGUGAUCAUGCCUCGGAAUACUCCGUGUUUGAAAUGGCAUGCAAAACGCCUGGCAAAAAGGAAUUCAUUAAAGCAUGUCUGGACAACGGUGUGAAUGUGUUGGAGUGUAACCCUGAGACCAAGGAAUAUCCAAUCCAUCUCGCUGCGUUUUCGUUAGACUGUGAGAAUCUUUCGACGUUGUUAGAAAAAAAGCCACUUAUUGUAGAUCAAAAGUACGAAGAUCGCACUGCAUUGUUCUCGUUAUUUGAGGAAAUCGGCCGGGAUAACACAAAGUGGGAACAAUAUUUCCAGUGCAUGAAAGUUUUGCUGAAAAAAGACGCCGAUAUCAAUGCGACAAAUGAAGACAACAGGCACAUGCUUGAGUAUCUAGUGUAUAAGAACAGCGAGUGGAGAAAGACUAUUUUGAAUUAUUGCCUGAAUAACUACAGUGUAAACGCAGACUUUAACGAUGGCCGUGUUCGGGAAUUGAUCAAUAAGCAUUUCCCUGAAACGGUAAUCCCAGCUUAUAACAUGGAGAAAAUAACCUUGGACGAUCUGAGCUUAAUGAUUUGCACGAAAUCGGAUGAUUCGGGUUUUAUCAAACGGUAUAAAAAAUACUGUAGCCAAAAUGGUGUUGCAUCUCUUGCGGAUGAUGUUUGCAAAGACCUAUUAUCCAAGGCGGUGUGCGCUGGGAAAUUGGCUUCUGCCAAAAUUCUGAUUGAACAUAAGCUCCAAAACGAUCGGUUUGUCGGGGAUAUGGAUGUACUUUCUGGGCUUCUAGAGAAGUGCUGUAAUCGGGGAGAUGUAGCGAUAUUAAAAUGGUUACUGGAUAUCAUUCCUAUGGAAGAAGUCGACUUUGUAAAUAAAGAUUCACCUUUAUCACUACUGGCGAAGCAGAUAGAUUUGAACAAAGAUAAAAACAAGUGCCCGUUCUUCGAAAGCAUAAAAAAACUGCUGGAUGAUGAUCGGGUCGAGGUGGACAAGGUGGACAUAACACACUGUACCGCACUGCACUACGCUGUAAGAUACAAGAUCGAUCACGUGCAGGAGUUGUUGCUGGCAAAGGGUGCAUAUGUUGGAGCGAAGAACAAAUUAGGGGAACUGCCGAUCAGUGAUAUGGAUUCGCUUUUGCUUGAGAAACAUCUCGAUACGUGCGUGGAUGAUAAUCAUAAAAAACCAGGAGAUGAAAAUUACGAAGUGAAAAUUAAUUUCAAAAACUUUGUACCGCUAGUGCACAAACAAAAACACACCAAACGACAAAGUGCUGCAUUUAACAGGGGAUCGUACGAGGAUGAGAUGCGACCCAUUGUUCACAUGGCACAAUCAUCCAGCUUAAAACGGCUGCUUCGCCAUCCGGUAAUAUCCAGCAUAUUGCUGCUGAAAUGGUUAAAACUCGUUUGUUUUUUCUACAUCAAUCUGCUCAUUUGCACGAUAUUUUUCGUGUCGUUUACGAUGUACGUGGUGUUUUGCUACGGGCGAGACGAUGCACCGUUCAAGUUGCUAUUCUACGGUCUCUCUUUGAUCGGCUGGUUUUACCUAAUUUUGCGAGAACUCAUCCAGUUUCUGCUCAACAUGCGAGUGUAUCUUAAAUCGCUUGAGAACGGAAUGGAAGUGCUGCUGAUAAUUACGUCCGGGGCAGUGCUGUCGAGAGAUUUUGACGACGAAUUCCGGCGCGUCGCUUCGUCCUGUGUUAUCCUUUUGGCGGCGCUCGAGUUUUUGCUCCUGGUCGGGACUCUACCGGUGCUCUCCAUAUCGACGCACAUGGUUAUGCUGAAAACGGUUUCGAAAAAUUUUCUCAAAUGUUUGAUUUUAUAUUCGAUCAUUUUGCUCGCUUUUGCGUUCAGCUUUUACACGCUGUUCCGCGUAAAUGGUAGUACUCAAUCCGAAAGCUCUCAAGCAGAAAAAGAUGCCUCUACAACAAGUCAGGGAGAUGCCGACGAUGAUCAGUUCAAUCAGUUCGGGGAAGUCCCGCUUGCACUUAUGAAGACGGCAGUAAUGCUAACCGGGGAAUUCGAAGCUGCAAAUAUAAAAUUCCAGCACUCAAACCUUACCUAUGUCGUGUUUGCAUUAUUUUUAUUUUUUGUUUCGAUCGUUUUGUUCAACUUGAUGAACGGUCUUGCCGUCAGCGACACAGCGGCCAUCAAAUCCGAAGCUGAAAUCAUCGGCAUCGUCCAAAAGGCGUUUCUUAUCGACAAAUAUGAAAAUGCAUUGAAAACAUCGAAACCAAUCCGGUGCAUCACUGAACGACUGUCGUGGAUAUAUGCAUCUAAUAGUUUGCAGCUUUUUCCGCAUAUCGUUCCGCAUCGUGUUAUUGCCGUAAAGCCAAACCAAUCGAAUGUGAUCAUGGUUUCAUCGUCGGUGCAAGGAUCAACUCACGACGUGGAGAAAGGCGAUUGGGAAUUGGAUGAAACUCUGCUACAGAGUAACAAAUUUGGUACAGACUGUUGCUUAAUUCCGUGUAUGCAUAAUAUGGAUGGGAAAAUAGUGAAAUACGCGUUGGAAAUUUUACACUCUCGGCAAGAAAAUGAUAGCUCGAUAGAAUACCGCUUGUCUCGUGUGGAACAAAGCAUCGAGAAAAUGAGUCACGAACAAAUGGAGCUGAAGGAAUUAUUGCAAACGUUUAUCAAAACUUUACAAAAAGAUGGAUAAACGCACAAUCAUGUGCAUGUACGAUCUUAACACACUUAGAGUGCCUUUGUCUAGACUUAUUACAACAGAUAGACGAUGCAAUAACCAGCUUUAAUUAUUAUCAUCGAAUCUGUGAAGUUGAAUCUACAUGAAGAACGGUUGCAUUUUUGUGUGACUCUCCCUUUAUAUACAUCUCAUUGUUAAAACAGUAUUACCAUGGUUAUGUGAAAUGUUUAUAAAUCUUUUUUCAUCCUUCCAAGACGCUUUCUUGGAAACCGAAAGCCAUCGAUUAAAUGAGCAAUAUUUAUAUGUUUUAAUUUCAAGCAAGCAAUACUUGUUCACAAUUUUUUCGUUAAAAAAAUUAAUUUGUUCUUCUGUAUGUUCAGUGCAGGUUUGAAGAAGUAAGAAUUGUAUUGUAUUGCAUUAUAGAAAAGCUAUUAACCAGCAUUGAAUAACCAGUUAAUAAUCGGUUCGUAUUGGUCCGAUACCUCUGCAAUUUUACACGAUGAUUCCGUUGUCGUUUUUAAAACAAUAUAUUAUAUUUUUUAUAAAAUCGGAAAUGUAAUCGUCCAUAGUAAUAAGCAUAACUUGAUAACUUAAAAUGAAAUAAAUCUAAAU